ACGUCACUUCCGCUGUGGUGGGAGGGGCGUGGCGGAUCCCGCGCUGCCAUUGGCUGCGGGACCGGAAGUGCGGGCGCCCCCUGGCGGGAGAGCGGAGCCGAUGGCGGCGGGGCUCGCGCGGCUGCUGCGCGCGCUGUCUCCCAGUUUGCUCCCAGUUCGUGUCCGGUGUCUCUCCAUGGCCCCGGGGGUGGCCCGGGGGUCCCCGGGGGUCCCGGGGGGGUCCCCGGGGGUCUCCGGGGGGGUCCCGGGGGGGUCCCCGCAGGAUUUGGGGUCCCUGCGGCUGCAGCGGGUGGGGGAGGGGCAGCGGAUCCUGCACCUGCAGCUGCACCGGCCCCGGAAACGGAACGCGCUGGACCUGCAGUGCUGGAGGGAGCUCCGGGAGAGUUUCCAGGCCCUGGCCCAGGACCCCUCGUGCCGAGCAAUCGUCGUGUCCGGAGCCGGCAGCGCCUUCUGUGCUGGGAUCGACCUGUCUGACCUGGGCUCGGUGUUCGCCGGUGACGCCGAGGAUGAUGAUGAUGGUGGUGCCGGUGACGCCGCUCGGCGCGCCUGGAAACUGAGGCAGCGAAUCCUGGAGUUCCAGGAGAGCUUCACCGCCAUGGAAAAGUGCCCCAAACCCGUCAUCGCCGCCGUGCACGGAGCCUGCGUCGGAGCCGGUGUGGAUCUGAUCUCAGCCUGUGACAUUCGCCUCUGCUCCCAGGACGCUUUCUUCCAGGUCAAGGAGGUGGACAUGGGGCUGGCGGCCGACGUGGGGACCCUGCAGCGCCUCCCCAAAAUCGUGGGGAGCCAGAGCCUGGUGAACGAGCUGGCUUUCACCGCCCGUGUGAUGAGAGCCCCCGAGGCGCUGAGCUGCGGCCUCGUCAGCCGGGUGCUGCCGGACAAGGAGUCCCUGCUGGAGGUGGCCCUGGAGGUGGCCGCGGCCAUCGCCGCCCGCAGCCCCGUGGCCGUGCAGGGAACCAAACUCAACCUCGUCUACUCCAGGGACCGGCCCGUCAGCGAGGGGCUGCAGCACGUGGUGAGAGAC